AGUUCUCGUGGUGAGACUCCGGCUGUUUCUGCUUGGCGGUUGGGUUUGGUUGAAGGCCGAGAACUUUGCGGAGCCAGGUCGGUAGUCACUCGGUUCUUGGCCUGGUCACCUCUUAUUUCGCGCCUGGAAAUGGCGACGUACACUUGCAUCACCUGCCGGGUGGCGUUCCGCGAUGCGGAGAUGCAGCGGGCUCACUACAAGACGGACUGGCACCGCUACAACCUGCGGCGGAAAGUGGCCGACAUGGCCCCGGUCACCGCCGAGGGCUUCCAGGAGCGGGUGCGGGCGCAGCGGGCCGUGGCGGAGCAGGAGACCAAGGGCACGGCCACCUACUGCACCGUCUGCAGUAAGAAGUUCGCCUCUUACAACGCCUACGAAAACCAUCUCAAGUCCCGGCGGCAUGUGGAGCUGGAGAAGAAGGCCGUGCAGGCUGUGAAUCGGAAAGUGGAGAUGAUGAAUGAAAAGAACUUGGAGAAAGGGCUGGGUGCGGACAGUGUGGACAAGGAUGCCAUGAACGCGGCCAUCCAGCAGGCCAUCAAGGCCCAGCCGUCCAUGUCUCCCAAGAAGGUCCCCCCGGCGCCUGCGGAGGAGUCCCGGCGGCCCGCUGACGGUGGACAUGCGAGUCACGACCGAGACCCGGCCGAGAAACCGCCCCGACUCCAGUGGUUUGAACAGCAGGCGAAGAAGUUGGCAAAGCAGCAGGGGCAAGAGAGUGAGGAGGGAGAGGACCUAGACGGAGACGAUUGGGAAGAUCUUGAUUCUGAUGAAGAAUUGGAAUGUGAGGAUGCUGAAAUGAUGGAAGAAGAUGCUGACGAGCAGGAUGCAGAGGAGGAAGGAACUGUGGAAAGCCCACCCCUCGGUGCCAUCCCUGUAACAGACUGCUUGUUUUGUUCCCAUCAUUCAAGCUCCCUGAUGAAAAACGUGGCACAUAUGACAAAAGUCCACAGCUUUUUCAUUCCUGAUAUAGAAUAUCUUUCUGAUCUUAGGAGACUGAUUAAAUAUUUGGGGGAGAAAGUUGGUGUUGGAAAGAUUUGUUUGUGGUGCAAUGAGAAGGGGAAAUCCUUCUACUCUACGGAAGCUGUACAGGCACACAUGAAUGACAAAAGCCACUGUAAGCUCUUCACAGAUGGUGAUGCUGCUUUGGAAUUUGCAGACUUCUAUGAUUUUAGGAGUAGCUACCCAGAUCACAAGGAAGGGGAGGACACUGAAGAGGCUGAGCCGUUUCCCUCAGAAAAGAACUUGGAAUAUGAUGAUGAAACCAUGGAGCUGAUUUUGCCUUCUGUUUACAGGUGAUCCUGAUUAUCUGGAGGCUGGUCUGCCAGAAUCCUUAGGUUUCUACAAAGGUGCUGGACCCAGAUGUAUCCAACAACAAAAAAAUACAUCAGUGGUAGAUAAACACCAUUUUUUAGCACACAAAAAGUGAACACAAUUGAAAAGAGACAAAAGUUGGUUGAUUUAUGUAUUGGUAAGAUGGCUUAUUUGCAAAUAACAGAAUUUAUUCUUCUAGUUUAAACAGAAAAGGAGUUUUAUUCCAAGUUAUUAAGUACCCCACAUAAUCUUUUCAAGGGCUGGGGAAACGAGUUCAAGGCUGAGAUUUUAGGAUUAAUGCCCAAAACCAGACCUCAGAACUUACCUGCAAGGAAAUAAUUGCUGUUGACUUCGGCACACCCUGAAUGCCAGGGCCUGAGUCUGCUGCGGCAGGGAAUCCUGAACUUGACCUGCAGCCACAGCUGCCUGGGAAAACUUUUGGAGCCACCCUUGCCAGCCAAGAUGGAUGCUUCCUGCAGAGUCUGUUUCUUCAUGUUGUUCCCACUUCCAAAUGAUAGUUUGGUUUGGCUGUGUUUGAUUGGCAGCACCUGGGUUAUCUGUUUGCAUUUUAGUGGUAGAGGAGGUUUGAAGUUUGAAUUCUGCCUUCUUCGUUUGGGAGCAGGUCUCAUAAUGGUGGAAAUUUAUUCCAGGUAUGAAAAGAAGAAAUCCAUGAAUUGGAGAUGUGCCCCCUGUUUGUUGUGUGGGAAGAAAGAAAUGUUGCAAUUAACUGACAAGAAUGGGAGAAGCUACAGAAGAUACAUCAGGAAGGGAAUGGGAAAGGGAAGACACCUGUCAGAAAGGGAAAUGUGACCGUGAAAGAGAAUAGAGUGGUAGAGGUGACAAUAACGAUUCUAAAAAUACUUGGUAAUUACUGAACAGUUAGCAUACCAGGCAAAUAUAUUAUUUUAUCUUUGCAACAAGCCUGUGAGGUAGAUUAUUUUAUCCUUAUUUGAUACAUGAGGCAUCCAAAGCUUAUGUUGAGUAACUUACCCAAGAUGACAGACCUAGCAGCAAAGCCUUUUUUCCCACUUCACUACAUUACCUCUGGAGAUGUGCAGAUAAGUUGGGGGCAGGAGCAGCACACUCUGCCCAAGAGGUCUGUGAUGAAGCAGCAGCCCUGUAGUACUGCUUUCCACAUGGAACAUCACUGCCUCAUUUAGACAGCCAUCUUUCACUCAGAAUGAUAACCCCUUCAGGCUAAGGGCAGCUGUAUUAUAGUAGGAUAUUAGAAGGAAAACACAGGCCGAAUCUGUCUUAAAUAUACACUUCUUCCUACAGUGAAUAGUAUAAUUAUACAGGAAAGAGAAUAAUGACUUUUGUGGCCUGUUCAGUACUCAGUAGCAAAACAGGCCUAAAUAUACCACAGACUUCUAUUGAUUCUGGUCUUCCUCUUGUGAAAAUACCAAGCAUAACUUCUAAACUAUGUUUAAUGACUUAUUUUUCAGGACCACUGCUGGAUUAAGGAUUUGUUUAACCCCUUGUCCCAUUAGCUUCUCCUUCCUUAAGUGUAAUAUAGAAUAACAAGAGAAUUUAUGCAGAGGCUAUUAGGACAGUUGGAUAAGUUAAUCCCUGUAAAGCAGCUUCUGACAUGUAGUAAGCUCACUAGAUGUUGUCUUCAUUUUGCAUCUACUUUAGCAUAUUAUAUUAUAAAAUGUUCAUAACAGCAAGCAUAUCCUAUUUAAGAAAUGUGUUUGAGAGAAAUUUUCAUCUAGACUUUAAAUUUUUGAAAUAUAAAUGAAUCCUCUACUCUCUAGAAAACACAUCUUCCCAGGGUGAUUGAGCUUUCUAAGGUUAGCCAAAACCAAAAGUGUGGCUGUCUUAGGUUACUCUCCCACAUCCAGAUGAUUAUAAAGUUCACCUCCUGGAUGUCUUUUGAGCAUUUUUUCUUUUUUUCUCUUUAUCCGUUUGUCCAUGCCGUCAUUAUAGUUUCCUGUCUGGCCGGUUCCAGUCUUGUCUCCACAUGACUACCAGAAUAUUCUUUCUAAAACAAACAGCAGUCCAUUUUCUUUACCAGUCUAUUUCCGGGCUAUUUUCUUUGGAAUUCCUCCAACAGGAGCUAAUGCCUUCAGGAUAACUUUUAGUUUCUCCAGUGUAGCACCCAAAGCCAUUCAUCAUCUGGCCCUUCCAGCUUCUGGUCCCUCAUGUGUCCUGGGCUUUUCCUUUACCCACCCACUUGCAGAUCUCCCAUGGGUCUUUGCAUGUGCUGUACCUCUGUCUUUCUGCUUCUCCUCCUUUAAGACUACGCUUACCUGGAUCAGGAUUUGCACCUCUGGGAAGCCUUCUUGAACUCAUUUCCUGUGCAUUUGCUGCAUAACAAGUCUCUGCCCCUGUUCAUGUCUCUCAUAACAGCCAUUCAUCUCAAUUCUUCAUAAUUGUCAUCUCCCAUUACAUUUGAGAACAAAAACUGCUUCUUUCAAUUCAUUCAUCUCAGUGCAGGGUCUGACACACAAGAGCCAAAUAAAUAUUUGUAGAACAAGUGACUGCGAGGAUGGAGGCAACUUUUAAAAAGGAAAGGAAAGUUGAUUCCCUUGAGCCUGCUGUAGUAAAGGAAAAGAAGAGGAAGGGGAGCCAUUCCAGGCUAAGAAGUGGCCUUGGAGGGUUAGCAUUGUAUUUGCUUGCAGUGGAGGAGAUUGCUUUACUCUACAUGUAUAGUCAAAGAAGAAAGUGGCAUGAAGUUAGCUUGAAGGCCCGUUUUCUUUGAUUUUUUUAAAGCCUGGGUUUCCUUGUUCAUAGUUGCAGGUCCAUUUACUGAGUCAUGUUAAAAUUUUUGGAUAAAAACCUCAGGACAGUUCUUUGAUGUAGAUUUAGAAGUAGUGAGGUUGUCAGUUUGGUAGUAGGAUACUGUGAAAUAUUGUACUUUUAGACAGACAGAUUGAGUGAAAGCCUUAACCAAGUCAGAUUAUCUUAACCCAGGGGCUCUUAACUAAG